AUGGUUUUUGCUUUCUUUCAAUCUGGCAACUCUUUGGUACUGUUGCUUCUUUGCGGGAUCAUAAUUAUUGUGAAGUCCUCAAAGUUUAAAGGAUCUUUCGACAUUGAUGGUGGGGAAGCGUUGUUUGCUAAUCCAAUAACUUUUCUUGGCCAAAUGCUUAGCUCCGCUCCGCUCGUUUCAAAGGAAGUCAUAGAUGAAAGGGAAUGCUUGUUAGAAUGCGCCAAAGAUUCUCAAUGCCGGUCAACAAAUUUCCAAACAGUUGCCGUAUCAAGUGGCAAAUUUAUCUGUCAGAUUUUGGAUACCAAUAAAUUUUUGUCUCCAGAGUUAAUAAGUAGAAGCAUGGAUUAUCGUCACCACAGUUUUUCGGUAAGUAAGAUGAUUUGUCAAGUAUAUUUUUUAUUUAUGAAUAUUCUAAGGGUGCGUUUUUUUGGGAGAAUCCAAAAACGGAUUUGUGAUCUCAGAUCAUGCGGAUUCUUCACUACUAAAAAAACAGAAGAUCCGAAAAAGGAUUAUUUACCAUGACAACGGUAUGUCCUCGUGCUCCUCGUGGGACAAGAAGAAAAAGCAACAUAAGCUACGAAUGAAUAUACGAAAUGUAUAUAUUUCGGUUUGAAACAUAAACGUUUCUCGAAUGGGAUACACUCCUCAGGAUAGUAAAAUUAUAAGAAUUUUAAACUGAAGCCGAUGUAUGUUUUUUUUUUAAAAUCACUUGGAAAAUAAACCGGCGUAAGCAGACACUACAUACAUACAAAAAACAUGACAAGUAAGGGUUUAAAAACACUCUACCAAUAAUUUGAAUAGACGACAAACCGCUUGUCAAAAAUACUUUUUUCAAAUCCUUUCCCAAAAAAACUCUCAGAUUGUGAAUCUCAAAAAUCCGAAUUUGGAUUUGAUCCGAAAAAUGUAAAUGUAAAUAUCAUAAUAUCCACUCCCCUCAGGGCUUUUCAGGGAUAAUUUACAACAUUGGCUGAGGGACUUUGCCAGACUGCUUAAGGUGCAGUUUACAAGUAAUGAAGGAAUGAGUAAUGAUGCCUCCAUACAUGAGUGUGAAAGUGAGAUAGACCACUACACCAGGCACUACGUGCCCUACUCUUUACGAAGAGUGUGUGGGUUCUUUAACGUCCCACAGAUUUAUUACAUGUGCAAGGGCUUGUGAGACGGGGCCUACGGUUGAUCGUCCUUAUCCGAGAAGACUAGAAAGUCAAACCGUUUGCAGAUGUUAUUACAAAGGCAGCACUUUCUCCUCAGUUAUUUAAAGACCCUGGGUGUUGGUACGACCUGAGUUUAAACCUACGGCCUCCCGCUCAGCAGACCGGCGCUAAUCCAUUGAGCUAACCGGGCGGCGCACACCCUUAGUCCCUAAGAAUCCACCCUGAGUGUGGAUUUUAUGGAUUCAAGAUCUGUUUUUGGAUUUGCCCCAAAAAACGCCAAAUUCGUUUUUGGAUUCGGAAAUCUGGAUUUGGAUUUUCCCAAGAAAAAGCACCCUUAAGACACAUGAAGUUGAACACAAUUAUAUGACAGAGCUGCGAUUGUGUGAUAAUGACUGUAUUUAGCAAGUCAAGAAAAACUAUAAGCGGUUAUUCUUUUCCUUUAACUAAUUGUCAAAUUCAGUGCAAACUCUGUUUUUUAAGCAAUCGUAAAGCGUUUAGACAAAUCGUUAAAAUGUUUAGACAAACCGUUAGAGCGUUUGGGCAAAACGUUAGAGCGUUAGAAAGACCGUUAAUUAUCCGUUAGUUUUGUAAAGGAUAACAAAUUAUCACAAGUGUAUGUUUUCCCCAAGAAGAAAGCCACCUGUCCCAUGCAUAUGGGGGCCAGGUUGGCGACCAGGCGUGAAAAUUUAGUUGACACUGAGUAAAAGCUGGUCGCAACGUCGAGCCCUGAGGGGAACACAGAGUAACACAGGGUAACACACGGGAACACAGGGGAACACAGCGGAAUACAGGGGAACACACGGGAACACAGAGUAACACAGGGGAACGCAGGGGAACACAGCGGAACACAGGGAAACACAGGGGGAACAACGGGUUCACAGUGUAACACAGGGUAACACAGAGCAUCAAAGGGGAACACAGGGUAACACACGAAACACAGGGGAACAAGGGGUAACACAGGGGAACACAGGGAAACAGGGGGUGACACAGGGGAACAAGGGGCAACACAGGAUAACACAGGGUAACAGGGGGUAACACACGGUAACACAGAGGAACAAGGAGUAACACAGGGGAACAAGGGGUAACACAGGUUAACACAGAGAACCACUGGGGAACAAGGGAUAACACAGGUUAACACAGGGUAACACUGGGAAACAAGGGGUAACACAGGGUAACACGGAGGAACAAGGGGUAACACAGGUUCACACAGGGUAACACUGGGGAACAAGAGGUAACACAGGGUAACACAGGAGAACAAGGGGUAACACAGGUUAACACAGGGGAACAAGGGGUAACACAGGUUAACACAGGGGAACAAGGGGUAACACAGGGAAACAAGGGGUAACACAGGUUAAUACAGGUUAACACAGAGAACCACUGGGGAACAAGGGGUAACACAGGGUAACACAGGGGGAACAAUGGGUAACACAGGGUAACACAGGGAAACAAGGGGUAACACAGGUUAACACAGAGAACCACUGGGGAACAAGGGGUAACACAGGGUAACACUGGGGAACAAGGGGUAACACAGGGUAACACAGGAGAACAAGGGGUAACACAGGUUAACACAGGGGAACAAGGGGUAACACAGGGAAACAAGGGGUAACACAGGCUAAUACAGGUUAACACAGAGAACCACUGGGGAACAAGGGGUAACACAGGGUAACAUAGGGGAACAAGGGGUAACACAGGGUAACACGCUUUUAGUCCUAAAUUGAAUACAAUCUUGACGACAUUUUCUCUCCUCAGGUCCCCUGUGAGCUUAACCCUUGCAUGAACGGAGCUACCUGCCAGCCAAUCAAAAGCCAGUACGACUUCAAAUGCGCAUGUCCACCAGGCUAUUAUGGAAAGCUUUGCAAUGUGUGUAAGUAAUCAGCAUUGUUAACUGUUUUAUCAAAGGACGUGGAUAAGGCCGAUCAGUUAAAUGUUUCAACUGAUUCCGGCCAAUUCCAGCAUGUCGCUGAGUCAUGUAGAAAGAGGACACUUACUGUGGGACCCAGGUCCCAUGUAUAUGAUAGUAAGGAGACAAAAACUUGAUUUUGUUGCUGUAAUUUGCCUGCAGUACUGAUAUCAAGCCAGACACACUUUCUGGUUCUGAUAACAAAAUGAAAAUUUUUGUCCAGCAAAAAUAGCCAGCAAAAAGUGCAAAUUACGCUAGCAGACCUUUUUUCGGCAAAUAGUUGAACAUUAUGCUCGUAGUAAGUGGAAACCCCUUGGAACCACGCCCCACCCUCUUAUUUGUGGACCAAACUGAGGCCCGAAGGGCCGAAAAAAGGGCUCCCACCUUAUCUCAGGGUCUAGAUGACCGCCCCCGCCCCUUAUCUGAAGGUCUAGAUCCGCCACUGUUUUUAACCCCUUAAUGGUGACUAGUGCCAUAUCUCCGUUUGCCCUUUAUACUUGCGUGUAAGUAACAAUGACGGAGUAUUUUUUUUAACCAUUUAUCUUUUUAUCGCUUUUACUAAUACUAUUUUUUUCUCACCAGCUUAUGAAAGCUGUGCUGAGUUGCUGAACGCGGGAUUCAAAAAGUCAGGAAUUCACCUGAUUAAACCCUUCCAGACAGACAUGUUAAAUGUAUCAUGCGACCAGGCCAACAAUGGAGGAGGUAUCAGCGCGAAUGUAUUGAAUUGUUUGACCGUCAAAUCUACUCUAUUUACCGUGUAGUCUCGCAUCAUUGGUCGUGUUCCAAAGAAGCCGAGAACUGUUACGAAUAAUGUCCGCAAAGGCUUUAGAGAUUGUUUGGAAGGAAAGCAAAAACAUGGCGGACGGCAGCGAACCACCUAUUAAAGACCGGGCACUAAGGGUUAUUCUAACUCAAGGAGAUGAUGCAUCAGGGUCUCUUAAAGGAUUCUGUAAAAGUAAAAAUUAGUUACAUAUAUGAAAUUGUUAUUGGAGUUUGGAGCUUGGAGCACUUGAAAUGUGCCAUGUUUGUUGACCUUCAUGCCGCCCUUCCGAACGAUCCCAAGAUUAUUUGUGGUCGCAUAUUGUACCCAUUUUUUCACUCGUUUAGCAAAUUAUCUCUAUUCCUUCUUAGCUCGGUUAAGUCUUCACCAUACCAUGAAUUUGAACAUCACAUUUGUAACACAAGCUUGAUCCAAAGAUUCAUAAUGAAUGCUUGAGGGUGAAAAGGCAGAAAAAAUGAAGACUUAUCCUAUGCCGAGUGUUACAGCAUUGAUGAGAGAAGGAAAAAACACACUUAACUUUGGCAAAAUGCAUAAGAUAUUAACAGGGUUGUGACUAAUUAGAUAAACGGUUUGAAUGUGAAGGGGAAAAGCAUGUUUACAGGGUUUUUCCUUUUCCAUCAGGGUGGACCAUGGUGUUUAAGGCUAUCAGUAAUGUGUCGUCGGCUAUUCUCCAGCCACUGUGGACAUCAGCGGAUACUUUAAAUGAAGACAAUACAGAAGUUUUGAGCCCCAGUUCGUUUCCCAGAGAACAUUACAAGAACCGCUUCAUACAAAACUGGCAAACAGCUGAUCCAACGGAGGUGGGUGUGUUACCAUUAGAAUAUGCACGCAUUUACAGUGUCAGAAACAUUUCCCCCAUUUUUUCCGUUUAGCGUCAUGCGACCGACACAAAUUUGUGGCGUUUCCCAAAAAAGUGGCGGCUUUAACUAAUUCUUUUACAGAACAAUGAGCAUUUUAGAGCAUUUCGUAGCAUAGAAAUUUCCACGGUGUAUCGUUUACGUUAAUUUACUAUGAUCAGUCGUGGAUCCAGACCUUCAGAUAACGGAGGGGGCCUCUCAUCCAGACCCUGAGAUAAGAGGGGGCCUGGUCUAAAAAAAAUUUUUAAACGGCCCUUCGAGUCUCAGUUUGGUUAAAAAUAAGGGGGGAAGGGGCGGGCUCACUGGGCCCCUCCCCUGGACCCGCCGCUGAUGAUAUUGAACAUCAAAUCUUCAUACAUAUUGAUUUUGUGUCCAUGACUCGUUGUUUCCCAACCCAACCUCGUCCCCAGGGUCUCUUCGUUUUCCAAUAUGUCGGUGAAAAGAGAGAAGACUAACGCAUUCAAUAGGGGAUGGCCUUAUAUAUUUUUUGUACGCUAAUAGUGUUUUAAUAGCGUUCACUAGUACUUCUGACCAUAGUUCGAGACGUGUUUUACGUCUGUUCUUUAACGUACGUCGUUUUAUCAGUUUCAGUAGGGGAAUUCGUUGCCGCGUUUCCUUUGGUCAGCUUUUCUUGUCGUUGAUGUUUAUUCGCACUUCUUGUUGAUUGACGCUGUACUGAGGCAGGUGAUGUUAUGCGUUCCCUUUCAGGUGCGUGUGUCCAUAUUUGAAAGUCAGAACGAAGUCCUCUCCAUCGUUUUCAAUGCCACAAACAGCGACAAUACAAACUGGUUUUCCGCCAGUCGAGUGAUUUCUUCCCCUUGGACAGACUUCGUUACCAAUCCACCCGCUCUUUUCAGCCUCAACGUUCCUUCAGACCGGCCCUUCUACAUUGCUACACCUUUAAACACGUGUGGCAAUGAUGGAGGGUGGCUUGUUGUAAGCAGUGGACCAUGCGCCUGGGAAAAACGAUUUCCUGCACCGAGCAUUUUGUACAGCAAACUUAAAACGUCUACAAACUGGAAUGUUCCCGGUAAGCUUAAACGUCGAGCAAUUUUAACACUAAUACACUAGAAUCCCGGUAACUCGAACCCUCGAUAACUCGAACUCCCGAUAACUUGAGCUUUUUUCUAUUUCCCUUAAAGAUUCGAAUUAUCGGGAGUCGACUGUAUAAGAAGUCAUCGGUGUAACGAAAGACAUUCUUCGGCCAAGUAAAAGUAAAAUAUAUCAUUAAGGAAAAGAUCCUCGAGAUUCAAUGUCUUUGCACCGAGGUCCCUAAAUUUUAUGCGAGUUUCAAAUCUAUCAAAAAUCUACCUACCUUUUAUAACUUGUAACGUUGAUUACCGCAUUUCCUUUUUCUCGCCUUAGAAAACGUCGGCUGUGCAGACGUCUUGAUAGUAUACAUUCGUUGACUUCAAGGUGAGGCUGACAAAAUAUCACAUUCAGCAGUGUACCGAGAGUACUCAAAUCAGCAGGGAUAAAUUAGAGAGCUUAACACGCACGUCCACGUCACUGGAACUUGGAUUCCGGAUUCCAAUCGUUAGCGGAAUUCCGGAUUUUAAUUCUUUUUUAGAACAAACAACUCUCAGAAAAUCUUGUGCUUUAGUUUUAAAAUGUAAUGAAAAUAAUUGUCUAUACCUAUCUAACUUAUUAUUCGCAGGUGACCAGAUGAGGACCUUGAAUUCACCGCUUUUUGAAAUGACCUCUCCUGGUGUUGCAGGAAGACAUGCAUAAGGAAAAAGAAUUUAACAAAAACAACAACAAUAAAGAAAAAAGUAUCCGUGUACAUGGUAUUAUAAAAAUCACAUCUUUACUUUAAUUUGUGUCAUGUUUGUAUUACUUUAGAAUACUUCAUUCAACUACUAUGUAA